AAGCUAGCUAACGCUUGCGUUGCUAGCUCACCGAUACAGACUUGGUUCGAAGCUUUAAAAGAUCCUUCUCGGGUGUUUAUACAAACUAAAAACAAAGGAGCACAGGGAAAUCAAAUGGCUAACGACGUCGAGAGCAUUCCUGAACUGGACCAAAAGAAAUACGACGCUGAUGAACAAGUUAAGAUCAUCUGUCUGGGAGACAGUGCAGUUGGUAAAUCCAAGUGAGUAAUAAACUGCAUUCAAUUAGCCUUUGGUUUCCUGCUAUAAUUGAAGAUCUUUAACACUUCCUGCAGCCGUCCUCAGCAGCUGUCAACCUACGCUUUGACUCUCUACAAACACACGACUACUAUUGGAAACAAGACCAUAGUGGUUGAUUUCUGGGACACUGCUGGUCAGGAGAGGUUUCAGAGCAUGCAUCCUUCAUACUACCACAAAGCACAUGCUUGCAUCAUGGUGUUUGAUGUUCAAAGGAAGAUCACAUAUAAGAAUUUAGCCAGUUGGCAUAAGGAGCUGAGGGAGUACCGACCAGAAAUACCCUGUUGUGUGGUUGCCAACAAAAUUGAUGCUGAUUUCAAAGUGACACACAGAAGUUUCAACUUUGCAAAGAAACACGGGCUUCCGUUUUACUUUGUCUCUGCCGCUGAUGGAACAAACGUAGUUAAGAUGUUCAGAGACAUGAUAAAGAUGGCCGUGGACUACAAGCAAAACCCCAGUGACUUCAUGGAUGAAGUAAUGCAAGAAUUAGAGAACUUUGACCUGGAGAAGAAAGAGGAGAACUCCGAGGCAGAUGAGGACUGAUUAAAAGCAGAGUCCAGAGUUAGAUUGAAAGUAUUUUUUCUUAACUCUUUAACCGUUAAUA